CACAGUUCACCCCAGAAUCAAUGAUAUAAAAAAUGUUUUCAUCCCCAAUGCUCCAAACAAUGGCUUCAAUGUGAUUCUCUACAUACCGCCACAAUAUCUUUUAUUCAUAUUUUCACUUCAUCAGUAAUCUCCAGCACAUCUGGAUUCAUUUGAGUUGGAUAACUUUGGGGUGCAAUGUUGUGCAUAAAUGAGAAAUGGCAGACUCAAAGAAAUUAAAGUUGACAAUGUAAUAGGUCUUACUCUUUAUUUUUGUGCAAAAACCACCUGAAAAUUAAAAAAAGAAGUCAGUACUAUUAUUUUUAAUUCAAGUGUUUUAUUAUUGUGUGUUUUACUGUUUUUUUUCUAUCAAUGUAAAACACUUUACUCCGGAUUAGCGUAACUAUCUAAAAAGGAAGAGGAAGAGAGAUGUUACAGUUGCAAUUGCAUGUUUAGGGAAGUCAGGAAGUAGCAAAUUAGUCCGCGCAGCAGCCGUGAUGCUGUUUGUCCGUCUGGGCUCACUAACCGACAUGGAUGUUCCUCUCAGAGUUCUUCUCAUCCUCGCUGGACUCACAGAUCAGUCACAGGGAAUUCACAGCAUAAGAGCCAGUGAAGUGUCAGUAAAGGCUGGUGGUUCAAUCUCAAUCCCGUGUCUCUAUUCCUCACAACAUACAAACCAUGUGAAGUACUUGUGUAAAGGAUAUUAUUGGAACUACUGCACUUUUGCAGUUAGAACAGACCAAAAGAACUCAGCAAAGUUUUCAAUAUCUGAUGAUAAAAUCCGACGAAUCUUCACUGUGACUGUAAAUGAACUGACAAAUGACGACUCGUAUUACUGGUGUGGUGUGGAGAUUAAUGAUGGAGCAGAUGACGGGUAUCGUUUUCACCUGUCAGUCACCACGGGUACAAACAGUCUCUACGUGGAUAAUCAAGAGAAAACAGCAUUUCUAGGAGGUGACGUAACCAUCAAAUGCCACCAUCAGCGUAACCCUGGAGAAAUGAGGUGGUGCAGGAUGGGCAGCUCCUGUGUGACUCAACGGUCUGGAUCAAUAGAUGGAACUAAGGUCACCAUCGAUACAAAUGUCCCCAAUGUUUUCAGCGUGACUAUGAGAGGACUGAAGACGGAGAGCAGCGGCUGGUAUUUAUGUGACAGUGGAAACCCCCAGUUCCCUGUGCGCCUGACUGUUACUGAGCAACCUACCACAAGAAUUCACAGCAUAAGAGUCAGUGAAGUGUCAGUGAAGGCUGGUGGUUCAAUCUCAAUCCCGUGUCUCUAUUCCUCACAAUAUACAAACCAUGUGAAGUACUUGUGUAAAGGAUAUUAUUGGAACUACUGCACUCAUGAAGUUAAAACAAACCAAAAAAACUCAGCAAAGUUUUCAAUAUCUGAUGAUAAAAUCCAAAAAAUCUUCACUGUGACUGUAAAUAAACUGACAAAUAACGACUCGCAUUACUGGUGUGCUGUGGAGAUUAAUGAUGGAGCAGAUGACAGAGAUUAUUUUCACCUGUCAGUCACCACGGGUACACGCAGUCUCUACGUGGAUAAUCAAGAGAAAACAGCAUUUCUAGGAGGUGCCAUAACCAUCAAAUGCCACCACCAGCGUAACCCUGGAGAAAUGAGGUGGUGCAGGAUGGGCAGCUCCUGCGUGACUCAACCGUCUGGAUCAAUAGAUGGAACAGAGGUCACCAUCAAUACAAAUGUCCCCAAUGUUUUCAGCGUGACUAUGAGAGGACUGAAGACGGAGAGCAGCGGCUGGUAUUUAUGUGACAGUGGAAACCUCCAGUUCCCUGUGCGCCUGACUGUUACUGAGCAACCUACCACAAAAGCACCGUUACAAGAAACAACGCAUACAAAGACUCUCUACACCUUUUUACCCACAACGACACGUACAACAGUUCAGAAGGGACAGAACAGAAAUGCUUCAUUUGGCCGAACGGAAACUCUCAUCCUUACGAGCGUGUUGAUCUUCACUUUAAUGGUCGCCUUGUUCUUCUGGAUCAUGUUGAAAAGACACAAGCAGAAUAAAUCAGCAUCUUCAGCAAUGAAGGAGGCUGAAGAGGAAGUAACAUACAGUGUCGUGAAGCCCAGGAGGAAACCUUCAAACCAGCGGUCAUAUGUUGAGCAGGAUGCGGAUGUGACGUAUAGUACUGUGGUUUCCGUGAGGCAACAAAGGGCUCAAAAUGUUGAAGCAGAUGAGGAGAAUGUCACUUACAGCACGUUGGCUUUGGACUAGUUCUGCUGAGCACACGUGACGCCUGUUUGUUCCACCUUGUCCCUACUUAUAAUGUUCUGCAUGUAUUUAGAAAGAAGCAUUUCCCUGUUUGUUUGCAACGUGUUUCAGCAUAUGUUUGAAUACACAACUCUUGGCUUUAAAUGUUGUGUCAUUAUUCAGUAGUGUUGGGAUAUGUUCAUUAUGUCCUCAGUUGUGGUGAUGGUGUAGCACAGUGCUGAUCUGUGUUGUGCAUGAGCCACAAGGGGGAACUCGUUUGCUUUGCUGUUUUGUUUGUCCCAAAAUGUUUUUGCCGUUUUAUAUGAAGAAGUAAUGAAGGCUGUCUGACCGUGAGACUGAUGUGUCAGCGGCAGCUCGUGAAAUAAAUAUGCCGAAGACGGCUAAAGAUG